UACUUAAGCGCCGCGCCAGCCGGCCAGCCCCGCCAGUCUCUCGCCAGCGGCGCGCCGGACCCCACUUGGGCACCCGCACUGCUCCCCGCGCGCAGGCUGCAAGCAAAGGCAAAGCGAGACUCGUUCUGUUCCAUAUUGGCCAACAAUGAGCGGCAUUGAUUUGCAUUCGAUAUUUGACGUGGACGUGGGGAACCUUACUGAACCCAACUUGACCUGCCAUGGAGACUGUAUCACCGUGGACUCCAUAUCAUGCCCAAACACACUCAACAAAAGCGCUCUGCUUUACACCCUGGCUGUUUUUUACAUCUUUGUCUUCAUGAUAGGGCUGGUGGCCAAUUCUCUUGUUGUCUGGAUGAACUUCCAAGCCAAAAUAACUGGCUACGAAACUCAUCUCUACAUCUUCAACCUAGCCGUUGCUGACCUGUGUGUGAUCGUCACUGUUCCGGUGUGGGUCAUUUCCCUAGUUCACCAUGGCAUGUGGCACAUGGGGGAAGUCAUGUGCAAGAUCACACUCCUUGUCUUUUCCAUAAAUUUGUACGGGAGCAUCUUUUUCCUGGCAUGCAUGAGUGUCGAUCGGUAUCUCUCAGUUGUCUACUUCACUGCCUCCAACACCGCUAAAAAGAAAAUAAUCCGCCGUUGCAUCUGCAUCUUUGUGUGGCUCUUUGCCUUUUUUGUGUCUCUUCCUGAUGCCUAUUACCUUAAGACAGUUUCUUCCAAUGGCGAAACCUACUGCCGCCCCCUCUAUCCAGAGGAGAACGCCAAAGAAUGGCUGGUGGGAAUGGAGCUGAGCUCCGUUAUUCUAGGUUUUGUCAUUCCUUUUCCUGUCAUUGCUGUUUUCUAUUGCCUUCUAGCAAGGGCCAUCUGUGCUUCUAGUGACCAAGAGAAGAAGAGCAACGGGAAAAUAAUCUUCUCCUAUGUCGUUGUGUUCCUCAUCUGCUGGCUGCCGUACCAUGUGGCCGUCCUGCUGGACAUCUUUGCCGCCCUCCAUUUGAUAUCCUUCAGCUGCCAAAUGGAGAACUUCCUUUUCGCAGCCCUUCACGUGACUCAGUGUUUGUCCUUGGUUCACUGUUGCGUCAACCCCAUACUCUACAGCUUCAUCAACCGCAACUACAAGUAUGAACUCAUGAAGGCCUUCAUCUUCAAAUAUUCGGCUAAAACUGGCCUGACCAAACUGAUUGACACCUCCAGGGUGUCGGAAACAGAGUACUCCGCGCUGGAGCAAAACACAAAAUGAUUGCGGCUUCCCCCAAAGCACUUCCUUUCACGUUCUGUCUUUGGACAAUAAAUUUGGCUUGAUUAAAAUGCCGAUGAAACGAUUAAUUACGAAAUGCAGCGUUUUUGAUAGCAUAUGUUUUGCUCUGCAUUUUGAAUGUUUUCUGGUAUUUUUUUUACUGCCAGCGAAUCCCUACUUUUUCCAGCUAUGGUAGUAGAGAAAAUGCACAUAAACAAAGGAUCUUGUGUUAAAGAUCUGGAUUAUUUUCAUUGCAUUCUGCUCUGGUUGAUCCUAGCUGGACUUGUUGAUGUCGCUGUAUACCUUUUACAGUUUGUAUUUAAAGACACCUGAACUCUAUUUUAUUGCUGUUGCUGUACCUUUUUUGUAAUGGUAUUGGAAAGUUAAAUAUAUUUUUUAUCAUAUACGUGAAGCAUAUUGUUGGUGGAUAUAUAAUGCUGUAGUUUUAAUAUUAGAUUUCCAUUCAGUGUGAUACAGUUAAUUUGCUACAUGGGAAUUCCUCCUCUAUUGCCCUUCAGAGUUGGUCUUGGCAUGGAGUCCUGUGGACAUAGAAUAAGUUGGCCGGUGGCUGAACUGUUCCAGUUAUAGGUACCUACAUUAUAGCAAGUUGGUCUUGGCUGAAGCCCUGUGAUAAAAUAGUUGUGAUAUAGUAUUGUAAUACUCACUCUAGUAUGUCAGUAUGUUCGGAUGUGAAACAUAAUCCUGUUGUAUUCGUUUCCUUCAGAUUGCCUCAUCGCCUUUUUACUUGUAAGUUAUUUUUUAAAAUAAACAUUUUUUUAAAAUCAAA